AUGGAUGAAUUCAUUGCGGAAGCAUUCAAGCGUAGGUCAACUAGCCAAGAUGCCAGAUCAUCAAGGUAUGAUUUGAAACGGUUUCGGGAGAACAAGGAAGCUGGUCCAGGGGAGAUGGUAAGUUGCAGAAGAGAAGAGCAGCAGAAAGCAAAUCAAACUCCAAAAUCAGCAGAGCAAAGUCUGUAUGAAGCUGUGAAAGGCUGCAUUUCUGGUUACUACGGAGCAGAGGAACCAAAAGGGGGUGGGAGAAGGUUAAGAGAUGAGCCAAGCGCAGGAGAGCCUGCGGUCUCGGUGUUCAGAGGCUGUGUGCACUCCCCUGGCAACAUCAAGUCUUGGCUACUCCUUCCAUUUUGCCUCCUACCCCUGGCUGCUCAGGGGAAGGUCUAUGAGAGGUGUGAGCUGGCAGCAGCUGUGAAGCGUCUUGGACCGAAUAACUUGGGAACACAGCCUGGGACUCUAGCUGUAGUCAUCAGGAAGCUUUUCCCAGGAGCAGCCUGUCUCAUCACACCUCCCCAGUUCCUAACUGCGCCGCUUUUACUUGCUGCAGUUCCUUCCUCUGCCGGUCAUCUGCCUGCGGUGGCUGGGCAGCUGGAGCGGGGCAGGCAGGUGAAGCUGAGGAGCAAGCAGGAGUGGGAGCGCAGAGCAAGACAGGCGGCCGGGCAGAGGCACUGCUAUGGGACCCAGAGACAAGGAGUAGUGGGGCAGCGGCAACAGACUAUUGUUAAACCCAUUUCAUUUGGAGGGAAGCGCACAUGGGCUCUGAUCCCCGAAUCACGGAUCUCAGAGACCAGCAGCCAGUGGUGGUGCAAUGGUGGCAGGACCCCGAGGGCCAAGCACGUGUGCAACAUCCCCUGCUCAG